AAGAAAAUGAAGCUAAAGAGCCUCUUGCUUCGGUAUUACCCACCAGGAAUUAUGCUGGAAUAUGAGAAGGGUGGAGAACUAAAGACCAAAUCCAUAGAUUUGCUUGAGCUCAGUCCUAGUACUGAUGUCAACACCCUAGUAGAAGAGAUCCAGAAAGCAGAACCUCUGAUCACAGUGUCCCGGACACAGCAAGUCAGACUCCUGGUCCAGCGGUUGCAGGAGAAACUCAGGCAGCACUGUGACCACAACUUCUACCUGUUCAAGGUUCUCAGAGCACACAUACUGCCAUUGACCAAUGUGGCACUCAACAAAGCAGGCUCAUGCUUUAUCACAGGAAGCUAUGAUCGGACAUGCAAAGUGUGGGACACUGCAUCUGGAGAGGAGCUGCACACCCUGGAGGGCCACAGGAAUGUGGUUUACGCCAUAGCCUUCAACAAUCCAUAUGGUGACAAAAUUGCCACCGGGUCCUUUGACAAGACCUGUAAGCUCUGGAGUGCCGAGUCGGGAAAGUGUUACCACACCUUUAGGGGUCACACAGCUGAGAUCGUGUGUUUAUCAUUCAACCCACAAAGUACAGUGGUUGCUACUGGAAGUAUGGAUACAACGGCCAAAUUAUGGGACAUUCAAAAUGGAGAGGAAGUGGUCACUCUAACAGGUCAUUUGGCAGAAAUAAUUUCCUUGUCAUUUGACACCUCAGGAGACAGGAUCAUCACGGGAUCCUUUGACCACACAGUUGUAGUAUGGGAUGCUAGUACUGGAAGGAAGGUGCACACUUUAAUUGGCCACUGUGCUGAGAUCAGCAGUGCCUUGUUCAAUUGGGAUUGCACUCUAAUAUUAACAGGCUCCAUGGAUAAGACUUGCAUGUUGUGGGAUGCUACAAGUGGGAAAUGUGUAGCAACCUUAACAGGCCACGAUGAUGAAAUACUGGACAGCUGCUUUGAUUACACAGGGAAACUUAUUGCAACUGCUUCUGCUGAUGGAACAGCAAGAGUUUACAAUGCAACCACGAGAAAAUGCAUAACCAAACUGGAAGGCCAUGAAGGAGAAAUCUCAAAGAUCUCUUUCAAUCCCCAAGGAAACCGACUCCUGACGGGCAGCUCUGAUAAGACAGCCAGAAUCUGGGAUGUUCAGACCGGCCAGUGCCUCCAGGUCUUGGAGGGGCACACUGAUGAAAUAUUUUCAUGCGCCUUCAAUUAUAAAGGCAAUAUAGUCAUUACAGGCAGCAAGGACAAUUCCUGCAGGAUAUGGCGCUGACGGAAGGACUCUGCUGUGGAGCAGAGCUGUUGGCAACAGUGACCAAGAACUUGAACUCACAGAGAACCAAUGAGCUUUCUCUUUUUGUGCAACUCACCCACGGAGCAGCCUGUCCAUUUACAGAAUGACCAUGGAACCUGAACUCACAUCGUUUCUUGAUGUUAUCAGAGUUGACGAUAGGAGCAAGCAUCAUAUUGGUAAAUGUCACUAAUAGUUUCAGUUGUGUUUUGUGUUUCAGUAUACUGAUAAAUGAAGUCAAAGUGCUUUUACAGUACUUCUUCAAGAUUCCAGAAUCUUCUAGAUUCUACCUGAAAGUUCAUGUUACAGUUUGUCUUCAAUAAAGUUUUUAGAGAAAA